AUGUGACAUGGAGAAUGGAAAGGCCCCUUUCCCUGUCGGACACUAGUCAAGAGGUGUUCAGAGAAAGCUUCUUAAGGAAUAAACCUCAAUCCAAAGCGUAAGGUCAAGAGCAGCCUGGAAAACAGGAGUGAUUGCUUAAAAAGGUGUAAUUCAAGGCACCAUCAGUAAUCACACCAUUUUGCAUUUAUAAAAUGGAGUAAACAGCUCUUCAUAUGAACUAGUUAUCCUUGUUCUAAUUAUCCUUGCGCAGGUUGAGAAGGCUGGAAUUAGAAAUCAUGUGUUGCCUUGGCAUCCAGGUGUUUUGACUCCUAAUCAAAUCUGUUAACAGCACAGAAUCAGAAUUAUUUCUUAGGCUAUAUUUUGCUUUGCCGAGUAUGCUCUUGAUUCAAAUUAGACUUUAAGGCCUUGUUUAGCUAAAUUAUUAUACAAACUACUUGUGUAAUUCGUCCAGACAAAAAACAAAACAAAACUUCAAGUGACCUAUGGGCCAUUGGCAAGACAUUUUCAAUUCUCCAGUUCAGUAGAUCAUUUGCCCCAGAAUUGUGACGAGUCUUUCGUUGUAAGACCCUAUUACACAAAAGCCUUUAGGGCCACUGAGUGAUAACAGCUUGGAUAAGUCAUUGACCCUGCCCUUGCAGACCAGAAACAAUGGCUGUUUCCAAAACUUGUCCAUGAUGCUACUGAUGAAAAGCUUAUUUAUGGUACUCUUGAGGUAUGAGUGCUGAGAUUCUAGUGGCCAGCAACAAAAUGACCUCAAAGAUGAAGUGCAAGAAAUGAUUAUAUUAAGUCAUAUACCGUUUUUAAAAUUUUAGAACACUACAAAAUUUGAAAAGUUUAAAAAUUGGUUGAGGAACAAGUAAUAUCUUCCAUUUCGCAUUUUUGUGACCAAAGAAAGGCAUACAAAAUCUCCUAAGUUUGGCGAUUCCCUGGCAGUCUGGUGGUUAGUACUCCCUGCUUUCACUGCCAUGGGCCCAGGUUCGAUCCCUGAUGGGGGAACUAAGAUCCCGCAAGCGACGUGGCCAAAAACAAAACAAAACAACCUCUUAAGUUUGAAGAUGACAGUGUUUUCAUGACUUACAAUCAAUAAUUUCCUUAUUGGGAAUGAUGUUCCUGAGUUGAUUCCUCAAUAGCAGUGUACCAUCUGCUCUUGUCCUAUAUUUUAAAUAAAAAUCAGUCUAAUGAUGAUUGAAGCAAAAAGUUGGAACUUUAACGUGAAAAUGAGGAAUCGUGAGUUUGAAUUCUUAAAAAGGUUAAAUGAAUUUUUGGAGGAGCCUAAUUUAAGACUACCUGAGCUUUAUGGGACUUCCUGGUGGUCCAGUGGGUAAGACUCUGCACUCGCAGUGCAGGAGCCUGGGUUCAAUCCUUGUUCGGGGAACACAUCCCAUAUGCAUCCCGCAACUAAGAGUCCGCAUGCCACAGCGAACAUCCCGCAUGCUGCAACUAAGACCCGGCAAAAACCUAAAUAAUUUUUUUUUUUUUAACUGGGACUUCCUGGUGGCACAGUGGUUAAGAAUCUGCCUGCAUGCAGGGGACAUGGGUUCAAUCCCUGGUCCGGGAAGAGCCCACAUGCCGCGGAGCAACUAAGCCCAUGCACCACAACUACUGAGCCCGUGAGCAACAACUACGCUCAUUAAAUCUCAUGAUAUUUCUGGUAAAUAGGUUCAUACCAUUAGCUUAAUUUUAUAACCAAAGUAACAGAAGCAGGGAAUAGUGAAUAACUUUCUCAAGGUCACACAACCAGGUUUGUGCUGAGCAAGAACUUUACUUCAGAACUCCUGCUCCCACAGUCUUGAGUUGCAGUUCCAGUGUAGCGGUUCAGCUUCCUGUUAACUACCUCCUCACUGUGGGACAGGUUGGGGGUGGUGGGACUUGCCUGGACAAUUGGGGACGACCCUGGGUUGUUCCACUAUUCUUGAAUAUGCAUUGCUGCAUACCCUAUGUAUUCCAUUUUCAGAUUUCUGAAACGUAUUCAUUAAAAAUUAUAUUUAGGGGACUUCCCUGGUGGCUCAGCGGUUAAGAAUCCGCCUGCCGAUGCAGGGGACACGGGUUCGAUCCCUGGUCCGGGAAGAUCCCACGUGCCGCACAGCAACUAAGCCCGUGCACCACAACUACUGAGCCUGAGCUCUGGAGCCCAUGAGCCACAACUGCUGAGCCUGCAUGCCACAACCACUGAAGCCUGCUUGCCUAGAACCUGUGCUUUGCAACAAGAGAAGCCACUGCAGUGAGAAGCCUGCGCACCGCAAGGAAGAGUACCCCCCGUUCGCUGCAACUAGAGAAAGCCCGUGCGCAGCAACGGAGACCCAAUGUAGCCAAAAAUAAAUUAAUUAAAAAAAAAAAAAAGACUGAGUGACAGCAUCCGAAGAAGACUGGCAUUGAGAGAGACCCUUGGUUCCUGGGGAACUGACAAUACUUCAGCCUUUCUAUCUGGAGCCUGGAGGGAGCAAUGGGGGAGGAGGAGGAAGUGUGGAAUUGGAAACACUGGAAAGGAACAAAAAGCUUCAGAGCAGGCAAAGGAACAAAGAAGUACAAGGAGAUGUACGCCAACACUUCACAUGUUGGUGCCACCCGACACAACCUCUCAAUUAGCAGAUGCCACAGUCCCUCCAGGAACUGAAAAGCUGAAGAACAUACUUGAGAGGGAUUUCACACCCGGCUCUCUGGCCCAGCCCGGUGAAGUCCCCUUUCGUCAUGCAGCUUUAAUGACUCUCCGGAAUGUCACUCUCGUCUGGUAUUGCCAGCAAUCUGACCAAACCCUCUUGCAAAAGUUUGCAGCAUUCGUCCGGGGCGGACUACAGCUCCCAGAGUUCCCGGGCGCUUCCCGGUGCCGAUUGGCUGAGCCGUAGGCUCCAGAGGGAGGUGUCGCCCCGCCUCCCCAGGAAACAGGCAUCUGAUUGGCUGCGGCGCGGGGCUUUUGUGUCCCCGCCCUUCCCCAGGGACCGCGGCGGGCAGAGCGGAGCUGCUGGUGUCAGAGCCCGGAGAGCGCUGGCAGUUCCGCGGUGGGGAUGCUGAGGAGCGCUGGGUUUGCGAGCAGCCGUGGCCACUGCGGACUUCCGAGGCGCUCCGGGCCGUGAAAACCCCUGCGCCGCGGCCAAUCCCAGGCUCCCGAGGCCAUUCACCAUCCAGAAGCCAGACGAGCGGGGAGUCCAGCGCAGCGGCGGCCGUUCCCGGAUCCUGGGCUUUCAGAGCCUUCUGGAACCCCGAGAGACACCGCGGGGCUCUAGAACCUCCCCAGCGGCCCGCAGUCCCGGCUUCCUGCGCGCGUCGGUCCGAAAGCCCCUCGGGUGCACGGGCGGUCGGCGAGCCGCGGCUGGGUCCUGGCGCACACCAUGAUCGUUGCGGACUCCGAGUGCCGCGCCGAGCUGAAGGGCUACCUACCCGGGGCCGGAGAGGAGCAGAGGGAGAGCCGGGUUCGGCGAGGCCCUCGAGGGCCCAGCGCCUUCAUUCCAGUGGAGGAGGUCCUUCGGGAGGGAGCCGAGAGCCUCGAGCAACACCUGGGGCUGGAGGCGCUGAUGUCCUCCGGGAGGGUGGACAACCUGGCAGUGGUGAUGGGCCUGCACCCCGACUACUUUACCAGCUUUUGGCGCCUGCACUACCUGCUGCUGCACACGGAUGGGCCCUUGGCCAAUUCCUGGCGCCACUACAUCGCCAUCAUGGCCGCCGCCCGCCACCAGUGCUCCUACCUGGUGGGCUCCCACAUGGCUGAGUUUCUGCAGACUGGCGGUGACCCUGAGUGGCUGCUUGGCCUCCACCGUGCCCCCGAGAAGCUGCGCAAGCUCAGCGAGAUCAACAAGCUGCUGGCUCAUCGGCCGUGGCUCAUCACCAAGGAGCACAUCCAGGCCUUGCUGAAGACAGGCGAGCACAGCUGGUCCCUGGCCGAGCUCAUCCAGGCCCUGGUCCUCCUCACCCACUGCCACUCGCUAGCCUCCUUCGUGUUCGGCUGUGGCAUCCUCCCUGAGGGGGACCCCGAGGGAAGCCCCGCCCCCCAGGCCCCUUCACCCCCCAGUGAGCAGAGCACACCCCCCAGCAGGGACCCACUGAACCACUCUGGGGGCUUUGAGGCUGCCCGCGACGUGGAAGCUUUGAUGGAGCGCAUGAGGCAGCUGCAGGAGAGCCUGCUGCGGGAUGAGGGGGCCUCCCAGGAGGAGAUGGAGAGCCGCUUUGAGCUGGAGAAGUCAGAGAGCCUGCUGGUGACCCCCUCAGCGGACAUCCUGGAGCCCUCUCCAAACUCAGACAUGCUGUGCUUUGUGGAAGACCCCACUUUCGGAUACGAGGACUUCACCCGGCGGGGGACUCAGGCGCCCCCCACCUUCCGCGCCCAGGAUUAUACCUGGGAGGACCAUGGCUAUUCACUGAUCCAGCGGCUCUACCCCGAGGGUGGGCAGCUGCUGGAUGAGAAGUUCCAGGCAGCCUAUAGCCUCACCUACAACACCAUUGCCAUGCACAGCGGAGUAGAUACCUCCAUGCUCCGCAGGGCCAUCUGGAAUUACAUCCACUGCGUCUUUGGCAUCAGAUAUGAUGACUAUGACUACGGAGAGGUGAACCAGCUCCUGGAGCGGAACCUCAAGGUCUAUAUCAAGACAGUGGCCUGCUAUCCAGAGAAGACCACCCGAAGAAUGUACAACCACUUCUGGAGGCACUUCCGCCACUCAGAGAAGGUCCACGUGAACUUGCUGCUUCUGGAGGCCCGCAUGCAAGCCGCCCUGCUCUAUGCCCUCCGUGCCAUCACCCGCUACAUGACCUGACUCGUGUGCAGGACCUGGGCCUGGAGCAGCUGACCCUGGAGGCAUCCUUCUCCCUGCAAGGACUUCUCUGUCUGGAGACAGACCCUAAGCCUGCCUGUCCCACGCCCACCCACCCUAUUCUGGUGGUGGGCCUGUGUGUGAUGUGCAGCCCCUGAGCCACACCCUCCUUCUCACUGGAAUGGACAGGAUCAUUGCACUGACUCUGGGAUCUCAGCUCUGCCCCUGGGAGCUGGAAGAGGACUAGCAAAUCUCCAGGCGCCAAGGCCCUUCUUCCUGCCCCUACCCCCAGAGGCCAAGGGCACAGGAAGGAAAAUGGGCUGAGCUCAGACUUGUGUGCCAGCAGGCAGGGGCCCGGGCAGCACAAGUACUUUGACCUUCCUGGCCUGGGAAGUCCCUGGCUGGCCCCCAAGGGAGAGGGGCAAACACCUCCAGGGACUGACACUCCAAGCGGCUUUGCCUUUCCUCCUGCUUCCUCAUUCUCAGACUUCAUUACCUCCCACCUGCCAUUCAUCCAUCAAUGUGAAAGUCAGGGUCACAGCUGGUUUGUGCGUCUGGCUCCCCAAAAGCCUGUUGUGUUAGGCAGCCUGCAGGCCUCUCGUCCCCUGGUUGCCCCAGUCCUAGUUCAGUUCCUUUGACCUCCUUUGUUUGCCCUUUUACCCUUUUCUCCCACACCUGGUGGUAUGAGGCCCCAGGAGAGAGACCAAGCACAUCAAACAAGCAGAUUAUCUCUAGAGAGUCUGGACUCUCUGUUGGUCACUUUGCCUUUAGAAGAGGGAGUAUUAUAUUAUACAUUCUCUGUAUUUCGGUUUUUUAUGGGUGAGGUUCUUCAGGGCCUCAACCCUAGAGCCAUAGUCAGUGUCUGAGAGAAGGACAGGGAAAAAUCUGUCCUCCCCAGAGCUGCACCUGCCCUGCAGAAGCUGGCAUCCCACUUUGCUAUCUCCCAUGGCUCUGCCACAAACAUUGCCAAAAAAGCAAGCCUUUCUAGGUGGUUUAGGUGGUACAUGGCUCAGGGGGAGAGGCAGGAGACCCCAGGGUUCUUGUGUGGCCCCUGGCACUGGCCAGGUGACCUCCAUUUCCACAGUUGCAGACUGAGGGGUAGUUUCUGAGAUAUUUGAGCCUUCACUCAGAUUCUGAGGCCAGCAGCCAACUGCAAUCCUUGCAGGGUCUUGAGGGCUUCUGGGGAGCCCCCCUCUCUUGUAGUCAGUCUCUCGGGGCUACCUACCAAGGACCUCCCCACCCCCAUCCCAAUUUCUGUCCCUUCUCCUCGGUUUUAGGUGGAUUGCUUGAAGGCAGAAGCAGCCGAGGACUGAUCCCAGGCACUUUCUGUAGCAAACGAGCUGUGAAUUACGACUUCCCUUGCCCUUCUUCCGGCAGUAUGUGCCUCCCCUCUGACCAGUUGGGAGGUGACUGAAGAAAGGCAAGGGCCAAGCUGCUGCUGCUUCUGACCCUCCCCUCUGGGGUGGGGCAGGAGAGGAGCCUGGUCAUUGUGCCACAUUUCAUACCCGUGCAGGCAUGGGCAAGCAGCUGGCACCCCCUUCAGGCCUCAAAGCCCUCCCUGCAAUGAAGCUGGGCAGGAGAGAAGAGGCCCCAGCAUUGGGGUUUGGAUUCCAGAGGGGACAAGAUGACUGUACGUGUCCCCGGGUGGGUGGGGAGGAGUAUUCAGUGUUCAAGUGCAGAAAUCUUUGCCUUUGCUACCAGUUCUGUAUGAUGAGAAAUAAAAGUUCACUGAGGUUUUGUUUUGUA